AUGUGGCACAAGAGAGGUGCCACAUGCGGUCUUUGCCGCCUGUUCCAGACACAAUGCAUUCCAUUGGUGUCACCGCUGCAGUCCUCCUCCCGUGUGUUUCUUCAUCAUCAGCAGCGAUACCGACUCACACCUGCCGCUUGUAAUGCCACGCCGGCGGGUUUAAGCAGCACCGGUGCGGCCUACACGUGGGUUUGGAAUGAGACAGAGAACUGGUGCAGUCUUUGCCGAGAGCCUCUCAACAGCUGGAACGAGCACCGUGGAAAGCGUGAUCACAUUUGUCUCGAGAUGUUCUACAACGCGCUUGUGCAGUAUGGCCGGCGCUGGACACCGGCUACGCUGUGGUGGGAAGUGGAGGAGUGCACACUGCUACGGCGUACCUCUCCACCCUUGAAGCCUACAAGCCUGAGUUUUGGCGAAGGAUUUGAGGGUGAGACCUACCUAGACUAUGUGGAUGCCCCAACUGCAAGUAAGGGCGGACUCAGCAGCUUGAUGAACUACUACGAUCGCGCGGAGCACUACACGCGGCGGUUGGAACUCUACGCGUGCAUCCGUCACCUUGCGGAUAAUGGCAUCUUGCGCACCGAUCGGGCGGCACUCACGGGGGGGGCGUCAUUUCACGGAUCACUUGUAACGUUUAAGGAAUUAUUUCCAAACCUCGUCAACAUGUUUCCGUAUGCAGACGCCAAGGAGAUCUCUGCGUUGACGCAGAUGAUCGCAUCUACGUAUAACAGUGAAACAGUAUUUGACCUGUGCAACUUCCAGGCGCUUCUUAUAGGUGGAGAGCAGCACCAGCAGCAGCGACAGAAGGACGAGGGAGCGGAGGCAGCUAUUUUGAGGAACAGCAAGGAGCAGCAGCGAGGCAAUGUAGUCGCUGACAGUGCUGCAGGCGAGCACUCGUACUACUGGAAGGGCGUGUUCUGUCGCGGUGUGAUGGGACAGUUGCGGUGGGCAUUGGAGCCCGAUAGCGUCGCAUGCCCGUUGCAAACAUCUGGAGAAGGCGGAUCAGGGGCAGAAAGAUUCAGUGGUCACUACUGGCAGGUUCUUGCAGAGCACACCUGCCGCGCACUCCUCGCAGAAAUGGUGUUCUGCCGCGUUUCUGAGUAUGUGGUGCGGGUGGAGGGAGUCUGGCGGCAGCGUGGGCAGGAAGUGGCACGGAGCCCCGCUGCCGUGUGCAACCGUGGCGAAGAAGACGCGCUGUUGCGUCUUGCAUCAAACUGGGGAAUGGUGAAGUACAUGGACGACCGCUUUUACGACGCAUCGUUUGGAAGGUGUCUGCCGAAUGAUGGGUUGCCGAAGAGACGGCAUGCGCAAGCUAAGUGA